AGAAAUUAAAGUACCUACCUAUAGAUAUUAUCUAUAACUUUGCCGUGGUGACCCUAUAAUCAUAUGAGUAGUGCCAUGUACCAAAUUUGGGAAGAUUCAGUUUUUAAGUGAUAUUGAAAUGCUGGGUCCAAUGAUAGUUUGUGAUAAUUAAUUAAGAGUAGGGUACUUAAUAAACUUUUCUUGUUUUUAUAUUAUGUGUUACCUAUUUUUUUUUUUUGACAAAAGCCUACAAACAUAAAUACAACCGAGUUAUUUUACUAUUAUGUGCUUUCAGCAGUUAGGACCUUACAAAUAAUUUAUUUUUAACUUUUAAUUUAAACUCAUUUAGAACUCAGUCAAGUGCUCGGUUUUUAUUUCGCGUACUUAAUUAAAAUAUAUUAAAAUAUUACCUAAUUACGUUAAUAUUAACUUUACUGGGUCUACUAAAAAAAGGUCUACCAAAGAACAAAUCCAGUUGCAUUAAUUAUCGACCGUUUACGUAAAAAUGCCAAUAAACUCUUAGGAUAUAUUGGUUAAAAAUAUCGAUUGGAAUUAAUAUAUUUUAAUAAUACACUAAACCGCUACAUUUACCUAUAAGUCUAAAGAGAAAUUUACUAUAAAAAAUCCUUUCCUCUUCUUGGUCAAGGUCAGGCUGACUGGAUUCGAACCAGAGCGCCAGCGCCUUCAGCUAUUUGACAAAUCGUCAUAUAUUUUAAUAAUUAGACAUUUAAAUAACAUAAACUUAAAAAGUAUACAUAUAGCUUAACUUAAUUAAAUAAAUAAUUUACAAAAUAAAAAAUAUUUCGCCCCCAGCGCCGCUAUCAGGAAUGGUGCCCAAAAGGCUGGCACCAUUGCCACGUUGGAUGGCAAGGCUGAUCCGUUGGCCAACAUAGCUGCCAGCCUUUUGAUCACCAGUGACUUCAGUGAGCCCCUUUGACAUUUUCUUAUGAUGAACGGGGAUGAUUAGUCUUGACGCCAAGUUUAAGCGAUAUCGUAAGAGAUAGAGUGCUCUUGUCAAGCAAAGUUUCGAUAUUGGUUGAAGCUUGCAGCCAGUAACCAGCCUGAAAGACCGCUAGAAGGCGAGCACGCUCAAUACACAAACAGAGUGGCUCGUCCCACUGCCUCUGAGAUGAUAAAGAGGAUAUGAUCGGAUUUUAUAAAUAGAAUUGGUGAAAUUUGAUUUUUCAAUUAAAUAAUUGAAAAGUUUUAUUACUUAAAAGCCAUAAGCUUUAAAAGUUUGGACUGGCCAGAAAAUGUAUUAUUAUGUUAGUGCUUAUUCAAUAUUUUUCUAGUUCAAAGUUCAUUAUGACGUCUGGAAAUGAUCACUUAUCAGCGCAGGGUUCAAAAGAUCAAAUAAGAGUUUUAUAUUGUUUUGUUUGCCUCAUCAGUAAAUUACAGUAAACAUCGACUACGAAUCUUUCAAUAUAAUUGUUAAGAAGAAAAAUAAUAGUAAGUUGUUAAUUUUAUAAUUAGUGGCUAAUUACGAAACACAAAGUACAAAGCUCUAUAGUCACAGCAUUAUUAGUUUUUAGGACGAAAGGUGUUGACUGUUUAGUAAUUAUUGUGAUGUUUCGUAUCAAUUACAUGAGGCAAUUUUGUAGGAAUUGUUUGGGGUAUGUAAAUCAGUAGAAGUAAAUAUUCAAGUAAUGUUUGUUAAAAUAUGGAUUUAAUAAAAUGUAGCAAGUAGAAAAAUGCGGUAAGCUCUUUUAUCGACCUCACGUGCCAAAUUCCUUAUUCCCAGAUAGGAAUUAAAGAAAGUGUACUCUUUGUUAGCUCUUCCAAAAGGAAUGAUUGUUAUCAAUCGGACUUAUAAUCAACCUCAUCUAAAUUUCUUAUAGUAAAGCUUAGUGGAUAUUAAGUGUUGAACUGAACUGAGUCUGCCAGGUUAUCUCGGGUCGUUCGCAAUAGGUACUAUCUCACUUGAUGAUUCUUCAACUUUUGUGGGAUACGUAACAUUCAUCGGAGAUAUCUCGACUGAACAUUACAGACAUGGUCGCCGUACCAGUUUCGGGUACUGAAGUAGCACGGUCCAUCCAAGAUGAGCUCCGUGGACAAGUGCAGGAGAUGUGUCGGCACCUGCCCGCCUUCAGCCCGAAAUUGGCCAUUGUGCAGGUGGGCGGGCGGGAAGACUCCAACGUCUACAUCCGCAUGAAGCUGAAGGCUGCGGAGAACAUUGGCAUAGCGGCGGAACACGUGAGGUUGCCAAACACCAUCUCGGAGGCUGAGUUAUUGCACGAGAUAAACAGCCUCAACGAGUCGCCGAGCGUGCACGGCAUCAUCGUCCAGAUGCCCCUAGACUCCGUGGAGCCUAUCGACGCGCACCGCAUCACCGACGCAGUGUCACCAGACAAGGAUGUAGAUGGGUUGAAUACAGUGAACGAAGGCCGCGUCGCCGUGGGCGAUCUGUCGGGGUUCGUACCGUGCACGCCCGCGGGAUGCGUGGAACUGAUCCGACGAACUGGCGUAAGAAUCGCCGGGAAGAAUGUGGUCGUCAUUGGUCGCAGCCGGAUCGUCGGCACGCCAGUGUCGGAGCUGCUCAAGUGGGAACACGCCACUGUCACCGUGUGCCACUCCAAGACCAAGAAUCUAAACGAGAUCGCUAGAACUGCUGACAUCUUGGUGGUGGCUAUCGGACGGGCGGAGAUGGUGAAGGGAUCUUGGAUCAAGCCUGGUGCGGUCGUGAUCGACUGCGGGAUUAACCCCAUCCCAGAUCCCACCAAGAAGUCAGGACAGCGUUUAGUGGGCGACGUAGCCUAUCAGGAGGCGCUGGGCGUCGCGUCGCACGUGACGCCGGUGCCGGGCGGCGUGGGCCCCAUGACGGUGGCGAUGCUAAUGCGUAACACGGUACAGGCGGCGCGCAGGCAGCUCGACAAGCUGCUGGCGCCCGCGUGGCCGCUGCGCCCUUUGCGGUUGACUCCGAUCUCACCGCCGCCGAGCGAUAUAGUGAUCGCACGUUCCCAGAAGCCCAAGGACAUAGCGGAGUUAGCGGACGAGAUCGGCCUGUCCCCAAGCGAGGUGUCCCAGUACGGGCGCACGAAGGCCAAGAUCUCACUCAGCGUGCUCGACCGCCUGCGCGAGCGCAGCCCCGGGAAAUAUAUCGUCGUUGCCGGGAUCACGCCUACACCCCUCGGGGAGGGUAAGAGCACCACUCUGCUGGGCCUAGUGCAGGCUCUGAGCGCACACCGCGGUCGGAACGCGUUCGCCUGCAUGCGCCAGCCCAGCCAAGGACCGACCUUUGGGGUUAAGGGUGGGGCCGCGGGGGGCGGAUACUCACAGGUCAUACCAAUGGAAGAGUUCAACUUGCAUCUGACGGGCGAUAUCCACGCCGUGAGUGCAGCCAACAACCUACUUGCUGCCCAAAUGGACGCACGCAUCUUCCACGAACUAACUCAAAAGGAUGGACCCCUCUACGAUCGGUUGGUUCCACGCAUUAAAGGCGUGAGGAAGUUCUCCCCUAUCCAACUGAGGAGACUGCAACGACUGGGUAUCAACAAGACCGACCCGGAUUCGUUGACCGACGAGGAAAAGAGCAAAUUUGCAAGAUUGGACAUCGACACUUCCAAGAUUAUGUGGAACAGAGUGGUCGAUCUGAACGACAGAUAUCUCCGCAAGAUAACCAUCGGUCAGUCUCCAACAGAGAAGGGUUUCACAAGAGAGACUUCAUUCGACAUCUCCGUAGCAUCAGAGAUUAUGGCUAUCUUGGCCCUGGGCAACAACGUAGAGGACAUAAAGCAGAGACUGGCCAGCAUGGUGGUGGCUUUGGAUAAGCGAGGCAACCCUGUCACUGCUGACGACUUGGGCAUGACUGGCGCGCUGCUGGUCCUGCUGAAGGAGGCAUUCGAGCCCACGCUUAUGCAGUCCUUGGAAGGCACGCCAGUGCUUGUGCAUACUGGCCCCUUCGCCAACAUCGCCCACGGUUGCUCCUCCAUCAUAGCGGACAAGAUCGCCAGCAAGCUCGCUGGACCCAACGGAUACGUCGCCACCGAGGCGGGCUUCGGCUCUGACAUCGGUAUGGAGAAGUUCUUCGACGUGAAGUGUCGUGCGAGCGGCUCUCGGCCACACUGCGCAGUGAUAGUGUCGACGGUGCGCGCGCUCAAGAUGCACGGCGGCGGGCCCGCGGUCACGCCCGGCGCGCCGCUGCACCAAGUGUACGUCAAGGAAAACAUAGAACUGCUCACCAAGGGUCUAUGCAACCUGGGCAAGCACAUCAGCAACGGUAACAAGUUCGGCGUUCCUGUGGUCAUUGCUAUCAACAGACACAGUAACGACACUGAAGCGGAACUGAAUCUGGUACAGCAAUACGCCGAGAAGAAUGGCGCAUUCCGUGCAGUUAUUUGCGACCACUGGGCUAAAGGCGGCGCGGGCGCAUUAGACCUGGCCGACGCGGUGAUUGCCGCGUGCGAUAAACCGAACAACUUCGAUUACUUGUACCCACUCGACUUGCCUAUUGUGGAAAAGAUCCGCGUUAUAGCCACCGAGAUGUACGGCGCUGGCACCAUAGAAUAUACCGAUGAGGUGCUGGAGAAAAUCAAAAUGUUCACGGAGAAGAGCUACGACAAGUUCCCUAUAUGCAUGGCCAAGACUUCCAACUCCCUGACUGGCGAUCCGGCGGUUAAAGGUGCCCCAACUGGAUUCCCGCUCAAAAUCAACGGUAUCUUCGUGUCAGUCGGCGCCGGAUUCGUCGUCCCAAUGGUGGGAGAAAUCUCCAAGAUGCCAGGGCUGCCCACUCGGCCAAGCAUCUACGAUAUAGACCUCAACACCAAGACUGGAGAGAUAGAGGGACUCUUCUGAGAACUAUGCUCAUUGUUAUACCAAAUCAUGUUACUCGUUUCAUAAACGUAUUUUUGUAAUGUU